AUGGCAAACUCCUCUGUUUUCCCCUCCCUCUUCUUCUUCUUCUUCUUGUUGUUGGUUUCCCACAAUCCACUUCCCGCCUCUGCUUAUUCCUUCACGGAGUUCGUCUUCCCCAACUUCACUGCCACCAACGUUCGAUUCAUCGACAACGGCGGGGCUUUCCUCUUCUCCCGCAACGGCUCCUUCAAGGCCGCCAUUUCCAACCCGGGCGGCCAGCAAACCAGGUUUUACCUCUGCGUCAUCCACUCUGCCUCCGGAACCGUCAUCUGGUCAGCAAACCGCGAUGGACCCAUCUCAAAUUCCGGCACGAUGGCUUUCACCCGCGACGGAAUCUCCGUCUCCGACCACGACGGCAGUCCUAAAUGGUCAAUCCCCACAAUCCCCAAAUCAUCCGCCGCAGCAGCGUUGCAACUGACUGAGUCGGGAAAUCUCGUCCUGCUCGACAAGUCUAACGCUUCUCUAUGGGAGAGCUUCGAUGACCCUGCCGACACAAUUGUCGCCGGACAAAUUCUCAGGAAAAACGGGAAUGCUCUGUUUAGCUCCGUCUCCGGCGAAGAUUUCUCCACCGGGGAUUACCGGCUCGCGUUUUCGGACUCGGACGUGAUUCUUGGGUGGCGAGGGCAGAGCUACUGGAAGCUUUCCAUGGAUCCGAGAGCGUACACGGAUUCCACCUCCCCGGUGGAGUCCAUGGCGGUGAACGGAACGGGUUUGUUCCUUUUCGGCCGAAACGGUUCCAUUGUGGUGGCUCGGGUUGCUCUGCCACCGGCGGACUUCCGGAUCGCCCGGCUGGCCUCCUCCGGUCAAUUCAUCGUCAGCAGCUUUUCUCACGGAGGAAUGAAGGAGGAACUCGAUGGACCCAAUAACGUCUGCCAAAUCCCCUCCAUUUGCGGGGAAAUUGGGUGGUGCUCUGUUUCCACGGGAAACAACCCAACUUGCCAAUGCCCGCCGGGUUUCCGCUCCAAAGCCAGCAACUCGGAUUCCUUCAAUGGAUGCGUUCCGAGCGACAGUUCUUCUUCCCUUGUGGGGUCCUCCUGCAGCAACAAUGGAAGUCAGGUCAAUUCUUCGUCGCCGCCAAUCUCGUAUCUGAGCCUCGGUAAUGGUAUGGACUAUUUCGCUCUCGAUUUCUCCCAGCCGACGAAAUACGCGUUGAAUUUAUCGGCCUGUCAGGAAUUCUGCACAACAGACUGCGCUUGCUUGGGGAUUUUCUACGACAAUUCGUCCGGCUCUUGCUACACCAUAGAGAACGAUUUGGGUUCGUUUAUGUCGAGCCGUGAUCGAGAUAGCGAUCAGGUUGGGUACAUCAAGACCGUGGAAUCUGCUGAUAAGAGCAGCUCGGGAGGAAACAGGGGAUCCGUCAACGAAACCCACAACAGGAAGCAGUUUCCAUUGGCUGCUCUGGUUCUCUUGCCCUGCAUCGCCGUCGCCGUCGUACUGGCUGCAGGUCUCGUAUGGUGGAGGAGGUGGAAAAUCGCCGGCGAAAAGGUAAGGCUAAGCCACGCCAAUUCGUUUUCUUCGGACGAAAUGGAUGCGUUCUACAUCCCAGGGCUGCCUCAGCGAUUCGAUUACGAGGAGCUCGACGAAGCAACCGACCGUUUCAAGAUGCAGAUCGGGUCGGGCGGGUUCGGGUCGGUGUACAAGGGCGUCCUCUCGGAUAAAUCCGUGGUCGCGGUGAAGAAGAUAACCAACGUCGGGAUUCAGGGCAAGAGGGACUUCUGCACCGAGAUCGCCAUAAUCGGCAACGUCCACCACGUCAAUUUGGUGAAGCUGAGAGGGUUCUGCGCGCAGGGGAGGCAGCGGCUGCUGGUCUACGAGUACAUGAACCGAGGGUCGCUGGACCGGACUCUGUUCGCGAGCUCCGGUCCGGUCCUCGAGUGGCAGGAGCGGUUCGAGAUCGCUCUGGGAACGGCUCGCGGGCUGGCGUACCUCCACACCGGGUGCGAGCACAAGAUCAUACAUUGCGACGUGAAGCCGGAGAACAUCCUGCUGCAGGAUCAAUUCCAGGCCAAGAUAUCCGAUUUCGGGCUGUCGAAGCUGCUCGGGCCCGAGCAGUCGAGCCUAUUCACCACGAUGAGGGGCACCCGAGGGUACCUCGCGCCCGAGUGGCUCACGAAUUCGGCCAUUUCGGAGAAGACCGACGUCUACAGCUACGGUAUGGUGUUGCUGGAGCUUGUGAGUGGAAGGAAGAACUGUUCGAUCAAAUCCGCGAGCCCCAGCCAGGGAGGUGGGCAUUCGACGACGACAACGACGACAUCAUCGUCGUCGGCUCAGUUUGGCGGGAUGGUUUACUUCCCUUUGGUGGCGUUGGAGAUGCACGAGCAGAGGAGGUAUGUUGAGUUGGCGGACGCUCGACUUGAAGGCAGGGUGAGGAGUGAGGAAGUAGAGAAGUUGGUUCGAGUGGCGUUGUGUUGUGUUCAUGAGGAGCCUUGUUUGAGGCCGAGUAUGGUGAGUGUUGUUGGGAUGUUGGAAGGAGGAAUUUCAUUGGGCGAACCAAGGAUGGAAUCGUUGAACUUUUUGAGGUUUUAUGGACGGAGAUUUGCUGAGGCUUCGAUCCUUGGGGAAGAUGGGAAUAAUGAGCAAAGAGAAGCUUUGUUGAAUUCACGACAAGAGUAUGGUACCUCGAAUUACUCGAGUACGAUCUCAGACCCACAGUAUAUUCCCUUGUCUUUUAUAUCUUCGCAACAGAUCUCAGGUCCAAGAUAG